GAUGCUUAGAACCUGUGAUUCGAUAGACCACGCCAAUAUUACACUCUGCAAUAUCUGCUUUCGUACAUUAGGCACAAAGCAUACAAUGAGUUCAGGGAUCCUCAAUAUCAUGAAGGCAUGGCUGACCUCAAGUCUUCAAGGAGGUACUGGGAUUGUUUUUUUGUUCUGUUGGUGGCAUUGUGCUGAAAGUGGGAAGCUGUUGGUUGUGCCACAGGAUGGAAGUCACUGGCUUAGUAUGCAAGUGGUAGUAGAGAAGCUUGUGCAAAAAGGACAUGAGGUUGUGGUGGUAAUGCCAGAAAACACUUUGCUUAUGCAGACGUCUUCUGAACUUUUUACAGUGAAAACACAUCCAGUGCCUUACACUCAGGAGGAGUCGGACAAACUUCUGAGAUCUCUACGUGAGACUCCUUUUAAAACUCUGCCGUUCCUGAAGACUGUUGUGGAAUUGUAUAUAAAUGUAUCUGAAGUGACUUCCAUGUUUGCUUCUGCUUGUAGGCUUCUUUUACAUGAUACAGAACUAGUCAAAUUUCUCCAACAGAGCAACUUUGAUGCCAUGUUUUCAGACCCUGUGCUGCCUUGUAGUCCAAUCCUUGCAGAAUAUCUGUCCUUGCCUACAAUCUAUUUCUUGCGUGGACUUCCAUGUGCUUUGGAUUACCAAGCUGCUCAAUGUCCAAGACCUCUGUCUUACAUUCCAAGCGAUUUUACAUCUUAUUCAGAUCAUAUGACAUUUAACCAGCGAGUGAAGAAUUUUUUAGUCGGCUUGCUGGAAUUCAUGAUAUGUUAUAUUCUUUAUUCACCAUAUGGAGCUGUGAGCAAGGAAUUCCUGCACCGAGAUAUGACUGUAGCAGAGCUUUAUGGUCAAGCAUCCAUUUGGCUUCUGCGUUAUGACUUUGUUUUUGAGUAUCCCAGGCCUAUCAUGCCCAACAUGGUCUUCAUUGGAGGUAUAAACUGUGCAAGGGAGAGUUCACUAACUGAGGAAUUUGAAGCCAUAGUAAAUGGUUCUGGUGAACAUGGCAUUGUGGUAUUUUCCUUGGGCUCAAUGGUUUCUGAAAUUCCAAUGAAAAAAGCCAUGGAAAUUGCUGAAGCAUUGGGAACCAUACCUCAGACGGUGCUGUGGAGGUAUACAGGAGAAACACCACCCAAUCUUGCGAACAACACAAAGCUUGUUAAGUGGCUUCCACAAAAUGAUCUGCUUGCUCAUCCAAAAGCUAGAGCCUUUAUCACUCAUGCUGGCUCCCAUGGGGUCUAUGAGGGGAUCUGCAAUGCUGUACCCAUGGUGCUGAUGCCACUUUUUGGAGAUCAAAUGGACAAUGCAAAGCGGGUAGAAUCUCGAGGAGCAGGAGUGACUCUGAAUGUAGUUGAAAUGACCUCAAAGGACUUAUCUGAUGCACUGAAGGCUGUCAUUUUUGAUAAAAAGUAUAAAGAGAAUAUCCAGCGUCUAUCAGCCCUCCACCUGGACAGACCCAUCCAACCUAUCGAUCUUGCAGUUCAUUGGGUAGAGUUUGUGAUGAAGCACAAGGGGGCUCCCCAUUUGAGGCCAGCAGCCCAUGACCUCAACUGCAUCCAGUACCACUCUAUUGAUGUCAUUGCAUUCCUCCUAGCUGUAGCACUGCUUGCCCUGUUCAUCUCACUGAAGUGCUGUCUGUUCUGCUGCAGGAAGUGUUUCUGCAAAAGUGGAAGACUGAGCAAGAAAAGCAAAUCAAAAUCCCAGUAAAAUGAGGUGGGGGUGUAGGAGAGGAAGGGAAUUAGAAGGAAAUGGGUCUUGGUCUUGGUCUUGGUGGUCAGAAGGCAGAGGUAGCCAACAUGAUGUCAUCCAUAUAUUUUGGGCUUCAACUUCCAUCAGACCUAGCUGGCAUGGCCAGGGUUGAUAGGAGUUUUAGUCCAUAACAUCUGUUGGGUGCCACGUUGUCUAUCCCUGUCAUAAGGCAUCCUGCAUCAAUCUCAGACUCACACACGAGUUACUCCCGUGCUUACCUGUGCAUACAAAUAAUUUUGGCCAGUGAAGUAAUAAGCAAUCUGAUCCCCAAAGGGCCUGUGAACUUCCAGGCAGAUUCCAGAAUGCUGUAAUUAAUAGAUCUGUUAAGAAAUCGAUUGUGUACAUAAUUGGUCUUGAACUGGUGGGUCAGGACCCACAGAUGGGUUGCGCCACCAUUUUUAGAAAGGAUGUUUUAAGAGGAAGAGAGAAUGAGAAACACAAUGAAAAAGAUCAGAUCACAGAGAAAGAUAGCAGGGCUCCCUUACUUUUAACAACUGAGUAGGAGAGGGAAUUUUGACAAGUGUACCUUCUUAUGCAGGGUUGGAAAAAGCUAUACAUGAGAAUCCCCCCCCCACUUCUUCUUCUUCUCUCUCCAUCUAGUCAAGCCUGGAAAGAGAAGCACAAGGUAUGGCCUUAUAAUGCCAUUAAAGUCUGAGGAGAAGGUGGACCUAUGUUGCUGCUUUGGGUUAAAAGUGGAUCCUAGGCCUAAAAAGGCUGAAGAUUACUGGUGCAUAUUACACAUUCACACAUGUUAGUUGAGCGUAUCUGUAGGAAUGUGGGUUAUUCAUAUCAGUGAAAUUGGCUCCAAGUACAAGUACUUUCAAAAUAUAAAUGCCUUCACAGAUGGCUCUCCCGCCCUUGAAAUUGCAGCAAUGUGCUUCUUGUUCAAUGCUUUGCAUUUUAACAUUAAUUUAGGAAAUUCUGAAAAGAUGUUUAAGGAUGCUUAGUUGCACAAUAGGGACAUUGGUUAAUGGCAUUAGAGCAGGCUUCAGAAUUAUCAUUGUUGUUACAACACAGUUCACGAGGAACACACUGAAUUUUCUUAGGCGUUCCAUAAUAGUGCCGCAGUUUCUGGAUGUCCAUAAGGAGUACUUUUCAGAAGCAUUCUUCAAUGGUUCGAUAAAAGUUGAUGGAAUAAUUGGUGCUGAAAGUGUUUCACAUAAACUGCUUUGCUGGCAUUAUUAUUCCUAUAUUAGAGAUGGUAGCUUCCAUAUCGCCACCUAGUGGCAGAAUGGAACUGGAACUUCACUUUAGCCAUCUUCAGGUCUUUAAAAACAUGCAACAGUUGUGUGAGGGACAAGAGCAGGGCUGUGUUCUCCCUGCACUAAGCCUUCCCGAUGCUGUCUGCAGGUUGAAGGCAUGUCUGCUGCCGGGCAGUCUGCCAAGUGCAUGUAGGCUGUUCCUGGGCACUGGCAGUGAAGGUUUCAGCUCAUGGAGAUGGCCUAUGACCAUUCAGCAGGCUGUCCCAUUGCAAAUGUGUCCUCUGCCCUUAAAGACCAUUAGCGACGGGCCAGCAUGAGCAGAACAGUGGGAGUCAGGUGAGUACACAAAGCCAUACUCCCCUCCAUCACAUAAUUAUCAUUGCUCAUUUUUGAAUGGCUGAAUAGAGCUUUUGUUAACCAUAGCUCACAGACUUGCAGAUGUCAGUGCCAAAGAAACUCCCAUCAGGCCAGCAGCAACUGUUGAAUAGGCUGGCUCCAUCUUGACUAGGUCAGCUACAAGGGGGAAAAAAUCAAGCACAAGUAUUUUUCAGAUAAAUCCUUCUCUUAACUGUAUUUGACAUAUCCUGAAAGGGAGAUUCUCCCCCCCCCCCCAUUUCAAAGCAUUGUGUAGCAAUUACUGUGCAAUGCUAAGUGGAACAAUGAAUUAACUCUGCUGAUCUUUGUAACUGAUGUUUUGCAAAUAAAUCUCAAAUAAUAGUGA